UCAGUCUACAAGUCUACUACAGUAGAACGUUAUUUUGUCAGUUAGUGUUUUAUUCGAGUGAAAGAGACCAGUUUCAUUAGUUGAGAUCAGUUGUUGUUAGUUUUGAUCCAGUCCGUUUUCAGCAACUGAUUUUCUUUAAACAAAUUUUGACCUAACAAUCCAAAAUGUCUACUAAAUUUCCGGUAAUUUCCUAUCUUGCACAUUUAAUUGUCUUUGGCGGAAAUGGAGUAUUAUGCCAAUCAGCAUUAACUGCUCAAGAUAUUUGCGACGAUAGGAAUGCAGUUGGAACAUUUCCAAAUCCUUUAGAUACGACUUGUAAACAGUAUGCUCGCUGCUUUGUGAAUGGUGGAAUACUUUAUGGGGCAUUUUACAAUUGUAGCGGCACGACUCUCUUUAACUCCGAUUUGCAUUUAUGUACUGUGGGCUAUGAUUGCGAACCGCCACCAUCUGUCACAUCGACUCCCAGCACAGUUCCGACGACAUCCACUGCCAUUCCUACGUCUCCAGAUACAGUUCCAACGACAUCUACUGCUAUUCCUACAUCUCCUGACACGAUUCCAACAACAUCUACUGCUCUUCCGACGUCUCCUGAUACGAUUCCAACAACAUCCACAGCUAUUCCUACGUCUUCUGACACGAUUCCAACAACAUCCACGGCUAUUCCUACGUCGCCUGACACGAUUCCAACAACAUCCACAGCCAUCCCUACGCUUCCUGACACAACUCCAACGACAUCCACAGCUAUUCCUACGUCUCCUGAUACGAUUCCAACAACAUCCACAGCUAUUCCUACGUCUCCUGACACGAUUCCAACAACAUCCACGGCUGUUCCAACGUCGCCAGAUACAGUUCCAACGACAUCCACUGCUAUUCCUACGUCUACUGACACGAUUCCAACAACAUCCACAGCCAUCCCUACGCUUCCGGACACAACUCCAACGACAUCCACAGCUAUAUCAAUUCAGCAGUGAAUAGCCGAGGUUUUAGUUUCGUCGAGUCGGAUUUAUUAGAAAGAAAUCGAUUUUAGGGGUUUUACAGGAAAAUUGUUUAUUUAUUAGACUACAUUAAGGACUCGGCACCAAUCUGUACG